CUUCUUGCACGCCCUCAAUUCCUGGGGGGCACUACUUCCCUUGCCUCAAGGAAUCGAUGCUGCAAAGUGGGGAGCACUGACUUGGUUGUGGCCGAGCUGGAACGACUUCGUCUGAACAACUUGUCUCCCCAGGAUGGGUCAAAGAAGAAAGCCAAGAGGAAGGGCCGUGGAUAUGGGGCAGGACAGGGUGGUAGCUGUGGAUUUGGAAUGCGGGGCCAAAAGUCAAGGUCAGGACCUGGGGCGCGCCCUGGCUUUGAAGGUGGUCAGACACCCCUGUACAGGCGGUUGCCGAAAUUGAGAGGAAUUGCAGGAGGCAUGCCUGCUGGACAGAAGAAAUUCAAUAUAGUAAACGUGGGGGACUUGAAUGAGCUGUUUGAAGAGGGUGAAGAAGUGACCAUUGAGACAUUGAAGGAGCGGAAGUACUUCAAGCCAAGUGGGAAGGACCGGAAGCUGCCAUUGAAGGUCCUGUCCGACGGCGACCUGGACAAGCCCUUGAAAUUCAAGGCCGUUUCCUUCUCAAAGGUAGCUGCAGAAAAGAUCGAGGCGGCGGGCGGUACGGUGGAGAAGCUGGCGGUGAAGCCCAAAUGGACGCGGAAGCUGCACAAGAUCAUGGUGGAGGACGGCACUUGGGAAAAGAAAAGGAAGCAAAUGAUCCAGCGGAAGAAGGAAAAGAAGGCAGCGGGAGUUUUGUAG